CAGUCUCCCGAUCCACCUGCACCGAAUACACAAACUCAACGACGUGGAAGGAACGCCAACUUCUCCUACCGCCACGUCAUUUCUCUCUCUCCUACAUUUUCCAAUUUCUCUAAUUUUCGCCAUUUUCUCCCCAAACUAUCUAUUGGGCUUCAUUUCUGCCUUCUUCUUUUUCUUCUUCUUCUUCUUCUUCUUCUUCUUCUUCAGUUUCACUGUUUUCCAGAUUUUCCAGAUUAUCAGAGAGAAGCAACCAUGAAUAUGUUCAGAUUUGCUGGUGAUAUGACUCAUUUGAUCAGUAUUGUAGUUUUACUUCUCAAAAUUUAUGCUACUAAAUCAUGCUCAGGCAUUUCUCUGAAGACGCAAGAGCUAUAUGCGCUGGUCUUUUUGGCUCGCUACCUUGAUUUGUUCACAGAUUUCAUAUCUGUCUAUAACACUGUGAUGAAGGUUGUGUUCGUUGGUAGCUCCUUGGCUAUUGUUUGGUGUAUGAGGUUGCACCCUAUCAUCAAGCGUUCAUAUGACAAAAUUCUUGAUACAUUUCGUUAUUAUCUUCUGGUCCUCGGAUGCUUAGUUUUGGCGUUGUUUAUUCAUGAGAAGUUCACCGUGCAAGAGGUUUUCUGGGCAUUUUCUAUAUACUUGGAAGCUGUUGCUAUUCUUCCCCAGCUUUUCCUGCUACAAAGAAGUGGAAAUGUUGACAACUUGGCAGCUCAAUAUGUUUUCUUUCUUGGGGCAUACAGGGCAUUCUACAUUUUCAACUGGAUUUAUCGCUACUUCACAGAACCAUAUUUCAGUCGAUGGAUAGCUUGCGUCUCUGGUCUUGUCCAGACUGCCCUUUAUGCGGAUUUCUUUUACUACUACUUCAUCAGCUGGAAAAACAAUUCGAACCUUAAGUUGCCAGCUUGAGCCAUAAUGCUGAAAGGAACAGGACUAAUGUUGAAGGCUGGUCUGCUAACACUAUCGGCAUGAUUGGCGUCAAGGUUUUGUGAUUUUGGUUCCAGUACCAUGAUGAGAUUCCUGAUUGUAUUGGACACUGGCGAGUUUAGGUGGUCUUGUAUAGGGAACUCUUUUCCUUUUUACAUAGAUCAGAUUAUACACUAUUUGAUGUAGGACAUACAGCACGUGUAAAAAUUAGGAUGUUACAUCAUACAUUGGAUGCCUGAAUGAAGAUAUGGAGUUGUUUGUAAGUUGCACAAAUAAGGACCGAGGUUAUACACAUUCUAUGAAAUUAGUCAACUUCAUUUCGUGUUUUA